AGGAUAAUAUUUAUGAAUAAUGAUAAGGAAACUUCUUUAAUUUUGUUAUCAACUAGGUAUGUGUGUGGCAACAUCCAAACUUUUUUCCAACAGAUAUGAUCAAUAAAUCCAUUCCAAUAAGGCAUGACAUAAGGUAUAGAUAGAUACAACAUCCUCCUGAAACAAGGUUCGUAUUGCUCUGUUGAAUGGACCAAAAGAGAAACAAAUCUUUCCUACUGAUGAGUCAACAGGGUCAACGGAAGGUGACACAGGCUUGAGCUGAAUACCGCCUGACUCGCACACAAAGCUACACACUUUGACAGAAGACCUGUGGUGUCAACAAGAGAGGGAGACCCAGCUGAAACAAACAGGACAGACAGAGGGGAUCGUAAAGCUGUUUUGCGAUUUGGACUACAAUUACCCUUUAUUUGAUUUUCAACAUCAGGAAACUACUUUCACAUGUGGAUGGACAUGUAUAUACACACAGAGUGGAAAACAAAUAUUGAACAAUAAGGACCAUAUGAUUUUGGAUAAAUAUUUGUACAAAGGUUUGAAAAACCAUUUACAAGGACAUCGAUGUUGCGCAAUUCAAAGGGACUCGACGCAAAGCAAGGAAAUGUUUAAUCAAAGAAAGAGAUUUAACUUUUGAACAAAGAUUAUAUUACUGAUACUACUCCCUCGGUUCAAAUUGUCUUAGCAGUUCUAUUGCAGGACUUAAACUCCUUGAUACUUGUUUACAUACCAUUUUUUAAAUUUUGUGUGCAGGUAUAAAAUAUUUAUGCAUUUGAAUGCAUAUAGCUCUUCAUUUGGAAGAGCUCUUGUGUUAAGACUUUUCAUACGUCAGUAAACUCUGUAGGGGACUAAACUGCAUGUGUGUGUAUAUGAAAGAACUACAAAUAUACUUAUGUUGUAAAAGCUUUGGACUAAAAAUAAUGGAGGAUAUUGUUGAAUGCUUUUUUUAGACAUCUACUUUUGAAGAGGCUUUUUAAGAAAAGGAAGAAAAAGCUAAGGGAGGGUAAGACGUAAAUCUUUGAGAGUAAAAACAAAGGAAAGACAUGGCAUCCGCAAGAACGGAGAACCUUGGCCCUAUCGGCAUGGGACUGAACAAGCAGAACGGGCAGCUCAGGGGGGUGCCUAAACCGGCCUCUCCUCAAUCAAGACCCCUCGUCCUGGGCUCUCUGUUAAGCAAGGCUGUAGGUGCACCCCAGAAAGCAGGUGCUUCCCUGGAGGGAACUGGCAUUAGAUUUGGAGAUGACUGGAAAAAGAGCCUACAGCUCCCUCCCAAAGACACUAGAGUCAGAACCUCUGAUGUAACAUCCACUAAGGGAAAUGAGUUUGAGGACUACUGUCUGAAACGGGAGCUCCUGAUGGGCAUUUUUGAGAUGGGCUGGGAGAAGCCCUCCCCUAUCCAGGAGGAGAGCAUUCCCAUAGCCUUGUCAGGACGAGACAUCCUGGCCCGAGCCAAGAAUGGAACAGGGAAGAGUGGGGCCUACCUCAUCCCCAUGCUGGAGAGAAUAGACCUGAAGAAGGAUUAUAUACAGGCUAUUGUGAUGGUGCCCACUCGUGAGCUGGCCCUGCAGGUGAGCCAGAUCAGUAUCCAGAUCAGCAAGCACCUGGGCGGAGUGAAAGUCAUGGCCACCACAGGUGGUACCAACCUGCGAGAUGACAUCAUGCGCCUGGACGAGACUGUGCAUGUGGUCAUAGCCACACCUGGCAGGAUCUUGGACUUGAUAAAGAAGGGCGUGGCCAAAGUGGAUAGAGUUCAGAUGAUGGUGAUGGAUGAGGCGGACAAGCUGCUGUCUCAGGACUUUGUGGUGCUCAUCGAGGAUAUCAUCAGCUUCCUGGGCAAGGGCCGUCAGAUCCUGCUGUACUCUGCCACCUUCCCCAUCAGCGUGCAAAAGUUCAUGGCCAAGCACCUGCAUAAGCCCUAUGAGAUCAACCUGAUGGAGGAGCUGACUCUGAAGGGCAUCACCCAGUACUACGCCUACGUCACUGAGAGACAAAAGGUCCACUGUCUCAACACACUCUUCUCCAGGUUGCAGAUCAAUCAGUCCAUCAUCUUCUGUAACUCCACCCAGAGAGUUGAGCUGCUGGCUAAGAAGAUCACCCAGCUGGGCUACUCCUGCUUCUACAUCCACGCCAAGAUGAUGCAGGAGUACAGAAAUCGUGUGUUCCACGACUUCAGAAAUGGACUCUGCAGAAAUCUUGUCUGCACUGAUCUCUUCACCAGAGGUAUUGACAUCCAGGCCGUCAAUGUCGUCAUCAACUUCGACUUCCCCAAGAAUGCUGAGACAUACCUGCAUCGCAUCGGACGAUCAGGGAGGUUUGGCCACCUGGGCCUGGCCAUCAACCUGAUCACCUCUGAAGACCGCUUCAAUCUGAAGUCCAUCGAGGACCAGUUGGUCACCGACAUCAAGCCUAUCCCUGGCAGCAUCGACAAGAGCCUGUACGUGGCAGAAUUCCACGCCACUAACCCCAAUUGCGAGGAGGGGCUGAAGGAGACUGGCCGUCAACAGGUGGAGCCCUAGAACUCCUCAACUGGACAACAGGAUGUACCCGGCUUUUGCACAACAUUCAGCUCUUGCAGCUCAGGCACCUCUUCAACUUAUCUUUUCUCAAUCUUCAGAACUUGGCACAUGGAUGUAUUUGUUUUUGCUGAUUUGUAUGUCCUGUUCUUGUUCCCCUUUUAUUUUAUUUUAUUUAAAAGAUGAUUGCAUUUUUUGGCUAAAAUAGUCUUAACCAUGUUGUUUUGCACCAAAGGUAACUUGCCAAAUGCACACUGAGUUAUCAGUCCUUUUUUGGCUUAAGACACAUAGGCUUAUGUUUUUUGGAUUGUAUCCUGGUAUUGCAAGGUAAUAAUCAGCUGAAAAACUUGAGAUAGUUGAGGAACAUUACCUUAAAAAGAAAAGUAAGAACCAUGUAAAAUAUUGAUCCAAGUUGUAUUGUUUCCUGCUGAAUACAUCAUCCACUUUUAUGGCUAGUAGGUUUGGGCAAUAUACUGUACACUGGGAUAUUAUAUUUCGAAAUAGUGACUGAUUUUCAAAACUGUUUCAACUAUGUUUUUGGGGGGGAUUGGGGGCACCUGGGGGCUGCAGGGUUGUGUGCUUAUAACUAUACGAAAUCUAUGAUGUCAUUAUAAUUUAGAUCCACCUCAGGUCUCCAGCUUUGCAUUUGGUUUGCUAACUUGCUAUAGGUACCUAAGUGGCUAGAUGUCAAGAUCAAGCUUCUUGGUUACAGCAGACAUUCUAACCUGGGUACCAGUCUUUUUAGCUAACAUUCCACUCCUUGCCACUCCUUGUCAUUGCCAAAGACGGGCUUUUCUGCCAUCUUCAAAUAUGAACAUUCUAUCAUUAAUGAGCUCGAGGAGAACAUAGGAGUUGUUCCUAAUUCGAUAACCCCCACCUCUCUCCUCCAAUCACAACGGUUAUCCUAAUAUUGGAACUCAAUUUUUUUCCCCUCCUCCACAGAACAUAAACUCAGCAAAAAAAAAUACAUCCUCUCACUAUCAAAUGCAUUUAUUUUCAGUAAACUUGUUGAAUCUUAUGUUCAUACAAAUAUUUACACAACUGAGACAUAAACUGAACAAGUUCCACAGACAUGUGACUAACAGAAAUGGAAUAAUGUGUCCCUGAACAAAAGGGAGGUCAAAAUUAAAAGCAACAAUCUGGUGUGGCCACCAGCUGCAGUAAGUACUACAGUGCAUCUCCUCCUCAUGGACUGCACCAGAUUUGCCUGUUCUUGCUGUGAGAUGUUACCCCCACUCUUCCACCAAGGCACCUGCGAGGUCCCGGACAUUUCUGGGGGGAAUGGCCCUAGCCCUUAAUCCACAGGUCCACCCUCCAUCCACAGGUCCCAGACGUGCUUGAUGGAGUUGAGAUCCGGGCUCUUCGCUGGCCAUAGCAGAACACUGACAUUCCUUCCUUGCAGGAAAUCACACACAGAACAAGCAGUAUGGCUGGUGGCAUUGUCAUGCUGGAGGGUCAUGUUAGGAUGAGCCUGCAGGAAGGGUACCAAAUGAGGGAGGUGGAUGUCUUCCCUGUAACACAGAGCAUUGAGAUUGCUUGCUAUGACAACAAGCUCAGAUGCUGUGACUCACCGCCCCAGACCAUGAUGGACCCUCCACCUCCAAAUCGAUCCCACUCCAGAGUACAGGCCUCGGUGUAACGCUCAUUCCUUCGAUAUGCGAAUCUGACCAUCACCCCUGGUGAGACAAAACUGUGACUCGUCAGUGAAGAGCACUUUUUGCCAGUUCUGUCUGGUUCAGUGACUGUGGGUUUGUGCCUAUUGGUGAUGUUUUUACUAGUGAUGUCUGGUGAGGUCCUGCCUUACAACAGCCCUACAAUCCCAGCCUCUCUUCGCCUAUUGUGCACAGUCUGAGCACUGAUGGAGGGAUUGUGUGUUCGGUGUAACUCGGGCAGUUGUUUCCAUCCUGUACCUGUCCCGCAGGUGUGAUGUUUGGAUGUACCGAACCUGUGCAGGUGUUGCACAUGAUCUGCCACUGCGAGGACGAUCAGCUGUCCGUCCUGUCUCCCUGUAGCGUUGUCUUAGGUGUCUUACUGUACAGACAUGGCAAUUUAUUGCCCUUUAUUGCCCACAUUUGCAGUCCUCAUGCCUCCUUGCAGCAUGCCUAAGGCACAUUCAUGCAGAUGAGCAGGGACCCUGGGCAUCUUUCUUUUGGUGUUUUUCAGAGUCAGUAGAAAGGCCUCUUUAGUGUCCUAAGUUUUCAUAACUGUGACCUUAAAACCCGCUACCUACGACAACAGCCGGUGAAAUUGCAGAUGUUCAAAAUACAAAAAUCGUAAUAUUAAACAUUCAUGAAAAUACAUAAUUUAAAAGCUUAACUUCUUGUUAAUCCAACCGCGUUGUCAGAUUUCAAAGGCUUUACGGCAAAAGCAUACCAUGCGAUCUAUCUGAGGACAGCGCCCCACACAAAAAUACUUUUUCAACCAGCACAUGCAUCACAAAAUCACAAAUAGCGGUUAAAUUAAUCACUUACCUUUGAAGAUCUUCCUCUGUUUGCAAUCCCAAGGGUCGCAGCUACACAAUGAAUGGUCAUUUUGUUCGCUAAAGUCCUUCUUUUAUAUCCAGAAAAGUCUGUUUAGUUGGCGCCAAUGAUCUCAGUAAUCCACUCUUUCAACAUGCAUACAAACAAAUCCACAAAGUUACCAGUAAAGUUCGUCCAAACAAGUCAAACGAUGUUUCUAAUUAGUCCUCAGGUACUCUAUCUAAAUAAACUAUAACUGAGUGUAGUAUGUUGAAUAGGGAAGAUGAGUAACAAAGUGCGCACACCUCAUGCACGUGCCAACAAGACCACUUUUCUAAUGAGAGAGUACUUGGAGUUCUUCAAACUACAAUCUUUUCACAAAACAACCCUGAAACCCAUCUAGUGGAAGCCAUAGGAACUGCAAUCUGAGUCCUAUCUAUUUGUAUAUCCCAUAGGCAACCAUAUGAAAUAACCUGUGACCUCAAAAAAAUAUAUAUAUUUCGGAUGGAUAGAUUUUCCUCAGGUUUUUGCCUGCGAUAUAAGUUCUGUUAUACUCAGACAUUAUUUUAACAGUUUUAGAAACUUCAGUGUUUUCUAUCCAAUGCUACCAAGUAUAUGCAUAUCCUAGCUUCUGGACCUGAGUAACAGGCAGUUUACUUUGGGCACGUCAGUCAUCCGAACAAUAACCAGCCUCCAAAACAGGUUAAUUGCCUACCGUCUGUAAGCAGUUCGUGUCUUAACGACCGUUCCACAGGUGCCGGUUCAUUAAUUGUUUAUGGUUCAUUGACCAAGCAUGGGAAGCAGUGUUCAAACCCUUUACAAUGAAGAUCUGUGAAGUUAAUUCAUAAAAAAUCGAAAUAUCUUUGGAAGACAGUGUCCUGAAAAAGGGAUGUUUCUCUUUUUGCUAGUUUUUUUGUAUCUGGUUGCUGAGCAACUUUUAAAAAAUUGUCCAAACGAAAUCAGUCUGUCAGAAGUUGCUAGUUCACGUCAAAAUUUUCUAAGUAAACCAAAACUUAAUUGCUUUGAUUUUAGAUGCAUUCAAGAUCCUUGUUGCCUAAAUUGUUUUGUGCGUCUCAAAAAAUCUAUUGUAUUUUUCAAAUAGUGCCCCUUGUGUGCACUUCCGGUAAUACAGUAUACCCCAGUAUGGUACAAAAAAGGUAUGAAAAUCUGGAUAGCACCCAACCCUAAAGGGGUGGGUUCUAAGCUACAUAUUUAAUUGUUUUAAGAUGGUCAAAGAAAGGCAGUGAAUAACAGUCCCCCCAAAAAUGUAAAGGAAGUUUGUUCAGAAGUUUCAAUCCUUUAUCUGAGAGAUGUAAGAAAGAUCAGGGAAUGUUUUAGUUUUUUUAUUACAUGUACUUAUUCUCUUAUUUUAGGCACUAAACUACAGUAUCUCCAUAUACUUCCAUUCCUUUAAAAAAUAUAUAUAUUUACUGAUACCGGGGACCUUCAGACGAGUCGUGAGGCUUGUGGGCAUCCUAAAACUGAACACCAUCGUGAGAGUCUCAGCUUUCCACAGAGGAGACAUAUUAGUGUGCAUCCAAAACCAAUGUUUUUGUGAGAAGACUGGUUUUACGGGAUGUGUAAUGGUCUGUCAAACACCGCUCUAACUCUGCCACCUUGCACCGCAGAUGCCGAAGUGUGAUAUCGGCGGAUGCUUAAACAGACUGCUUUUGAUGGGGAUUUUUGUAUUGUUAAUUAGAUUUCUGCAAGGAUGUUAAACAAACCAGAGUCAUAUUUAUAAAAUGCUUUUCGGCAAAAGCAUACCUAGCCCAGAACAUACCUAGCCCAGAACAUAGCCCAGUUGACAAAUUAUUACAAACAGUAACCAGACAAAUUAUUACAAACAGUAACCAGCCAAGCAGAAGUGUUACAAAACUCAGAAAUAGAGAUAAAAUUAAUCCCUUACCCUUUGAUCUUGGUGGUAAUCAGAAGACAUUCAUUUACUCAAUAAAUGUUCCUUUUGUUCAAUGAAGUCUCUUUAUAUCCAAAAACGCGAACAAAACUGAGGUUUUCUUCAGUAAUCCACAGGCUCAAACUCAGUCAAAACAAUCAAAAAAAAAAAAAUCCAAAUUGUAUCCGUAAAGUUCAUAGAAACAUGUCAAACGAUGUUUAUAUUCAAUCCUCAGGUUGUUUUCUAGCAUAAAUGAUUUAUAAUAUUUCCACCGGACAAUAACGUCUCCAAUAUAAAAGGUAAACAAGAAAUGCACAUGCGCCUGAAAAAAAUCUGCGUCACGUUAGGGUCCACUCGUUCAGACUGGUCUUACUCCCUCAUUUAUAAGAAUACAAGCCUGAAACGAUUUCUAAAGACUGUUGACAUCUAGUGGAAGGCAUAGGAACUGAAAAUGGAGUCCUAAGUCAAUGGAUACUGUAAUGGAAUUGAAUAGAAAUCUACAAAACAAAAAAACUACUAUUUUUCUCAGGUUUUCGCCUGCUAAAUCAGUUCUGUUAUAGUCAGACACUAUUUUAACAAUUUUGCAAACUAUAGUGUUUUCUAUCAAAAUCUACCAGUUAUAUGCAUAUCAUAUCUUCUGGGCCCGAGUAGCAGGCCGUUUAAUUUCAUCAUGCUUUUCAUCCAAAAUUCAGAAUGCUGCCCCCUACCCUAGAGAGGUUAAAUAAAUGCCUUUAAAUUAGAUUCCUUAUUCUUUCCCCCUUUGUGCGCUGGACUGAAGUAGUUGGCAGGGACACAUGGCCCCAUUCAAACAUUUAAACUUGUCUUUCUCCCAAGAUACGGUGCCUUCGGAAAGUAUUCAGACCCCUUGACUUUUUCCACAUUGUUAUGUUAAAGCCUCAUUCUGAAAUGGAUUAAAUACAUUUUUUUCUUGAAUCCACACAGUACUCCAUAAUGUUUGCACAUACAGAAGUAUAUUUCAAAUUGAGCUCAGGUGCUUCCUGUUUCAAUUGAGCAUCCUUGAGAUGUUUCUACAACUUGAUUGGAGUCCACCUGUGGUAAAUUCAAUUGAUUGGACAUGAUUUGGAAAGGCACACACCUGUCUAUAUAAGGUCCCACAGUUGACAGUGCAUUUCAGGGCAAAAACCAAGCCAUGAGGUCGAAGGAAUUGUCCGUAGGGCUCCGAGACAGGAUUGUCAAAGAAUUCUGCAGCAUUGGCUGUCCCCUGUGGCCUUCAUCAUUCUUAAAUUAAAGAUGUGUGCAACCACCAAGACUCUUCCUAGAGCUGGCUGCCUGGCCAAACUAAGCAAUCGGAGGAGAAGGGCCUUGGUCAGGGAUGUGACCAAGAACCUGACAGAGCUCCAGAGUUCCUCUGUGGAGAUGGUUGCCCUUCUGGAAGGUUCUCCCAUCUUUGCCACACUCCACCAAUCAGGUCUUUAUGGUAGAGUAGCCAGACAGAAGCCACUCAUCAGUAAAAUGCACAUGACUGCACACUUGGAGUUUGUCAAAAGGCACCUAAAGGACUCUUGACAAUGAGAAACAAGAUUCUCUGGUUUUGAUGAAACCAAGAUUGAACUCUUUGGCCUGAAAUGCCAAGUGUUUCGUCUGGAGGAAACAUUGGCACCAUCCCCAGGGUAAAGCAUGGUGGUGGUGCCAGCAUUGUGCUGUGUGGAUGUUUUUCAGCGGCAGGAACUGGGGUCUCGUCAGGCUUGAGGGAAAGACCACGCAGGAGUGGCUUCGGAACAAGUCUCAAUGUACUUGAGUGGCCCAGCAAGAGCCCGGACUUGAACCCGAUCGAAGAUCUCUGGAGAGACCUGAAAGUAGCUGUGCAGCGCUCCCCAUCCAACCUGACCGUGCUUGAGAGGAUCGGCAGAGAAGAAUGGGAGAAACUCCCCAAAUACAGGUGUGCCAAGCUUGAAGCGUCAUACCCAAUAAGAAUUGGCUGUAAUUGCUGCCAAAGGUGUUUUUGUUUUGUCGUUUUUACGGUGUGUGUGUGUGUGUGUGUGUGUGUGUGUGUGUGUGUGUGUGUGUGUGUGUGUGUGUGUGUGUGUGUGUGUGUGUGUGUGUGUGUGUGUGUGUGUGUGUGUGUGUGUGUACAGUUGAAGUCGGAAGUUUACAUACACUUAGGUUGGAGUCAUUAAAACUAGUUUUUCAACCACUCCACACAUUUCUUGUUAACAAACUAUAGUUUUGGCAAGUCGGUUAGGACAUCUAAUUUGUGCAUGACACAAUUUUUCCAACAACUGUUUACAGACAGAUUAUUUCACUUAGAAUUCACUGUCUCACAAUUCCAGUGGGUCAGAAGUUUACAUACAUUAAGUUGACAGUGCCUUUAGACAGCUUGGAAAAUUCCAGAAAAUUAUGGCAUGGCUUUAGAAGCUUCCGAUAGGCUAAUUGACGCCAUUUGAGUCAAUUGGAGGUGUACCUGUGGAUGUAUUUCAACGCCUAUCUUAAAACUCAGUGCCUCUUUUUUUGACAUGGGAAAAAGAAAUCUGCCAAGACCUCAGAAAGAAUUUGUGGACCUCCACAAGUGUGGUUCAUCCUUGGCAGCAAUUUCCAAACGCUUGAAGGUACCACGUUCAUCUGUACAAACAGUAGUACGCAAGUAUAAACACCAUGGGACCAUGGGACAAAGCCAUCAUACCGCUCAGGAAGGAGACACAUUCUGUCUCCUAGAGAUGAAUGUACUUUGGUGCGGAAAGUGCAAAUCAAUCCCAGAACAGCAGCAAAGGACCUUGUGAAGAUACAGGUGGAAACGGGUACAAAAGUGUCUAUAUCCACAGUAAAACAAGUCCUAUAUCGAACUAACCUGAAAGGCCGCUCAGCAAGGAAGAAGCCACUGCUCUAGAACCGCCAUAAAAAAGCCAGACUACGGUUUGCAACUGCACAUGGGGACAAAGAUCAUACUUUUUGGAGAAAUGUCUUCUGGUCUUAUGAAACAAAAAUAGAUCUGUUUCUAGGGAAGGCUUGCAAGCCAAAGAAAAACAUCCAGCACAGGGGUGGCAGCAUCAUGUUGUGGGGGUGCUUUGCUGCAGGAGGGACUGGUUCAAUUCACAAAAUAGAUGGCAACAUGAUUAGGGAAAAUUAUGUGGAUAUAUUGAAGCAAAAUCUCAUGACAUCAGUCAGGAAGUUUGGUUGCAAAUGGGUCUUCCAAAUGGACAAUUUUCCCAAGCAUACUUCCAAAGGCUUCGAAAUGGCUUAAGGAGAACAAAGUCAAGGUAUUGGAGUGGCCAUCACAAAGCCCUGACCUCAAUCCUGUAGAAAAUGUGUAUGUUAACUUUUGACCCACUGAGAAUAAAUAAAAGCUGAAAAAAAUAAUUCUCUACUAUUUAUUCUGACAUUUCACAUUCUUAAAGUGGUGAUCCUAACUGACCUAAGACAGGGAAUUUUUACUAGGAUUAAAAUGCCAGGAAUUGUGAAAAACUGAGUUUAAAUAUAUUUGGCUAAGGUGUAUGUAAACUUCCGACUUCAACUGUAUGUAUGCAUGCAUGCAUGUAUGGGGGGAUUUAAUCAAUUUUAGAAUUGGGCUGCAACAUAAGAUGUGGAUAAAGUCAAAGGGUAUGAAUACUUUCUGAAUUCACUGUAGAUUCUUGUAAUGGCUCACUAACACCAGCCAUCCAUUCCCGCUUACAUUCACAUGCCUUUUGCCACUCAAGUGCCUUGAUUACGCUCCCAUAUGCACUCAUUUCAUCGGUCUUUCUCUCUCACACCACAAACAGAAUACAAGCACAAUUUAAGCUGAAUCAAAACAAUGGUUUAUUCAGAGAUAAUUAUGCAAGUAGAAAGUUCGGUGUGCACUCCUAGGGAAUCUUGUUCCUGUUCGAGAUGUUGUUCAAUAACCAAGGCUCAAACUCUGACUGACAUCAUCUAGAAUGUGAGUACUUUUAAUAUAAACAUCGCAGCUUUUACUUAGAUGCAAUGUGAUUGUUUUCCUGUCACAGUAAUCAAUUGUGUGGAGAAGAUAAGAUAUAAAUCCGAUGUAAAACCGCAUAGGUAACUAGACUAGGCCCAUUGUAAAAACUGUGGAUGUAAAAACUGUGGCCUACAAUUAGGUUGCUAUAGCACAGGACAAGAAUUUACCUAUAUAUAUAUAUAUAUAUAAACAAUCUCAGACCAGUACAGGAGCAGUCCAUGAAAAAGAAAGUUACAGUAGUGUCCAAUUACUGAGCUUGUGCUGCAUUUUAUUCCCUAUAAAGUGCACUUCUUUUGACCAGGGCCCAUAAAGUAGUGAACUAUAUGGAAUAGGCACAUGUCUGCAGCUAUGGAAAGAACUGGUGGAAUUUACCAUCUGAUCAGUCGUAUGCAUCCAAUUUCUGAAAGAUGCACAGGGUAUUGUUGGCGAUUACGAUUCGUUUUUAAUUUUUUUACCUUUUAUUUAAGCAAGGAGUCAUGCUGAAACCAUGGUCUCUUUCCAAGAUGAGCCCUGAAUGCACACAUCAGUAAACACUACAUAUCUAAUAUAUACUGAACAAAAAUACAAAAGCAACAAUUUCAAAGAUUUUUCUGCAUUAGUUCAUAUAAGGAAAUCAGUCAAUUGAAAUACAUUUAUUAGGCCCUAAUCUAUGGCUACAGAAAAUGUAUCCGUUGGUCACAGAUACCUUAAAAAAUGUAGAGGCAUGGAUCAGAAAACCAGUCUGUCGUGCUGCAUGAGGCAAAUGGUGGUCCCAUCUCCUUUUCAUAGUUGAUCAGGCUGUUGAUUUUGGCCUGUGGAAUGUUAUCCCACUCCUCUUCAAGUUGCUGGAUAUUGGCAGGAACUGGAACACGCUGUCAUACACAUUGAUCCAGAGCAUCCCAAACAUGUUAAAUGGGUGUCUGGUGAGUAUGCAGUCCAUGGAAGAACUGGGACAUUUUCAGCUUCAAAGAAUUGUGUACUGAUUUUUGUGACAUGGGGCUGUGCAUUAUAAUGCUGAAACAUGAGUUGGUGGCGGUGGAUGAGUGGCACGACAAUGGGCCUCGGGAUCUAGUAACGUUAUCUCUGUAUUCAUAUUGCUAUUGAUAAAAUGCAAUUGUGUUCGUUGUCUGUAGCUUAUGCAUGCGCAUACCAUAACCCCACCACCAUGGGGCACUCUGUUCACAACGUUGUCAUCAGCAAACUGCUCGCUCACACGACGCCAUACACGUGGUCUGCGGUUGUGAGGGCGGUUGGACGUACUGGCAAAUUCUCUAAAACUACAUUUGAGGCAAAUUAUGGUAGUGAAAUUAACAUUGAAUUCUCUGUUGGACAUUCCUGCAGUCAGCAUGCCAAUUGUGCGCUCCCUCAACUUGACAGCUGUGGUGUUGUGACACAUCUGCACAUUUUAGUGGCCUUUUAGUGGCCUUUUACCACAAGGUGUGUAAUGAUCAUGCUAUUUAAUCAGCUUCUUGAUAUGUCACACCUGUCAGGUGGUUAGAUUAUUUUGUCAAAGGAGAAAUGCUCACUAACGGAUGUAAACAGAUUUGUGUAUAAAAAAAGAGAAAUAAGCUUUUUGUGCGUUUGGAACAUUUCUGGGAUCUUUAUUUCAGAUCAUGAAACAUGGGACCAACACUUAACAUGUUGCAUUUCAUAUUUUCAGUAUACAUAUCAAUUACACUAUUACUUGAAAAGCAAACACAAAAUAAUACGAAAAUAAAUAUCAAAUGAAACAAACUCGAUCUUCUGCCUGAAUUGCCCUAGAGGCAAUAUUGCAGUUUACUUUGUGCAAAACAACAUGGUUUAACAUAUUUUUAAGACCUGCUUUUUCUUUCUCAAUGUAAGGGUCCCUUAAGUCAUCUUUUUUGUUUUUUAGGUAGACGUUUCAUGUUGGUAAGACUGGCCUAGUUUUGUGGGUAUGUCUUUAGGGUAAGAGUCUAAUUAGAAUCGAUAUCCUAAGUGUGUUUUUUUUUCAUCUCCAUAAUGGCAAUUUUAAAGUUUAAAUGUAUUAAUUGUUGGUAUUUACUGUGCAGCCCAAUGGUGCAUGCCAAGCCCAAAAUGUAUUUUGACUAAAAACGAGGUAACAAACCAUGCUUUUAUUUUCAAAUCUUCAGAGCUCUUGAGUGUGCUGUUCCUCACUCUGGCUCUGAUACAUAUGAGCUGAGAACUUGGCAGACCUCUCAUUUGUUAUCUCUGCUAUUCAUUAGGACCCUGGUGUUUUUUAAUUUAAUUUUAUUACAUUUCAGACAGUUUUGUUAUUGUGCAAGGCUGAGGGACUAAUCUCAUGUGGCGUGGGUUUGCUCACAUCAGAAUUAUAUAUGAAAGCGAAUUGUAGCAUCUUCAAACUGGCAGCUGUGAUAUUUUCUUUGUCCCGCAAAAAUGUUCGAUGCGGAUAAAAGCAGAUGCAUUAUUUUUUUUGCUUUUAAAUUAUUUUUGGAAAUGUUUGCUGAGGAGGGAGGGGGGCAGUGCUUUGGGGCACUAGGUUUGUGUGGGUUUGCGAGCCACAUUGUCUUCAAUAUGAGGUGCUGAGGCAUCUUGAAUAUUUUCUUUACUCUGGUACUUAAAGUGGAACUGAGAUUUUCAGCAACAUGAAACCUUAUUAAUCUGUUCAUAUACACCCCCAGGAAGAAUAUUUAAUAUUUUCUGACGAUCGAGCACUUAGAUAUGGACAUUUUCAUUAAUUCAUAGAAUGUUUAGUAAGGCAUUUGUCAAAAUUCUAUAGCAGUUUAGAGUGGGAAAGCGGCCAAGCGUUGGCUAGCCGUUCAGUGAAAAAGAAAUACCUGCCUGUCAACUUUUCAUUGCGUACUGCCAGUAGACUUAAAUGGUUCUUCACCAACAUCUUCAGUGUUUUAACCAAAUCAUGUCUCAUUUGCUUUACAGACAAAUCUUAUGUUUUUGAGAAAGUAAAUAAGUUUAAUACUAACAUAUGAAUAAUUUAGGUAAAAAGUUGGAUAUUAAAUGUGUGGUGUCGCACAGUCUAAUUGUACAAUAUACAAUGUGUCCCACAAUUUAAAAAAUAAAUAAAUAUAGAAAUACACAAUCGUGGACAAAAGUUGAAUGACACAAAUAUAAAUUUUCGCAGUCUGCUGCCUCAGUUUCUAUGAUGGCAAUUUGCAUAUACUCCAGAAUGUUAUGAAGAGUGAUCAAAUGAAUUGCCAUUAAUUGCUAAGUCCCUGUUUGCCAUGCAAAUGACCUGAAUCCCCAAAAAACAUUUCCGCUGUAUUUCAGCCUGCCACAAAAGGACCAGCUGACAUGUCAAAAAACCAACAACUGAAAGCAAAAUGUAUAGAACUGUAAACAAAAAUAAGACAUCAAAAGCAAAACCCAUACACUUGUAAGCAAAUAAUUUUAAAGCGCAAGCAAAACUCUGACAAAAUAUUUGAAUUCCCUGUCGAUCAACAUUCGGCGGUGUUGGUAACUGGUUCGCCAUACACCUGCGCCGGACGUUGUGCAACAGGUAAUUCAUAUGUUUACUUAAGUAGUUAGUUUGUCAUUAAAUGUAUUAGAUAUACAUGCUUCUAAUAGCCGUACGUUAUUGACCCGUGACUGACAAUUUUGAAGUAUGUUAGCAAAAAUCCUAAAACGAGGUGACGUCAGACUUAAGUAUGCAAUAGAAAAAAAGCGGCAAGAGCGUAGGCAAAAUCUAUUCAAUAGGAUUGGUGGCUUAGAAAGUUUUUAACCAAAAAAGAUUUUUGCAUUCGUUUUCAAAUAUUUUUUAAAUAAUUUGUUUGUUUUGUUCUCGCUUUAAAAUUAUUUUGGGUUUUUGCUUUUGAUGUCAUUUUGUUUACAAUUCUAUACAUUUUGCUUUCAAUUGUUGGGUUUUUGAUUUCAACAUCCAUUAUUUCAUCCCGUCCUCGAAUAUAUAGCGUUUACGUUCUCAACUUUAUUUUACAUGUUCACAAUUGGUUUUAUUUUGAAUUCAAUACAUAUGGUGUGACAUUGUCCCCAUAGUGGCAUGCCUGUACACCUUCCCUCCACUGUGAACUGUAAACGGGACAAACGAAAGCAGCGAAAUGUAAGUUGAAUUGACCGACGUGAGCCCACGAGGCUGUAAUUUCAUAAAGUAGACUCAACUGUUGACUGAUUUUAUACUCUUGUGUGUCCUAUUCGGCUGGCGGACCUUGUGUUUGGAACGUGCGCUAGCCAACAUUAUUACUGGUGCAGCAGGGUAGCCUAGUGGUUAGAGCGUUGGACUAGUAACCGGAAGGUUGCAAGUUCAAAUCCCCGAGCUGACAAGGUACAAAUCUGUCGUUCUGCCCCUGAACCCACUGUUCCUAGGCUGUCAUUGAAAAUAAGAAUUUGUUCUUAACUGACUUGCCUAGUUAAAUAAAGGUAAAUUACUGACUUGUGAUCAUUGCCCCUGCAUGUUUUAUUGUAUUCUCAUUCUUAGUUGCAGUCGUCCGUUUUUGUUCAAAAUAUUGAGUCAUUGAAACUGAAACGGUGCAUCCUGAGUGGGUUGUGGCAGCCAGCAAUGUACCAGGCCAGCUGUGAUUGACAACCUAAUAGGAAUCUUUUUUUUAUUGGGGAAUUAUAUUAAUCAUGCAUGGAACUGCAUUCAUCUAUUCUUUCAACAACCAAUAAUGCCUUAUUGUAAGUCAUGGAGUUAAGUCAAAUAGUACCUCUUAUAAAGUUGGUUUUGAAGCAUAAACAGGGAUUUUGUUUUAUUUUGACUGAUUUAUAUGAAUGUUUGUUUCAUGUCUGCAAAGUAGUUAAAAUGCUGUCAGUUCCACUUUAAGAACUCCAGCACGACAGUGGACCAACCAAUAGGGUUUGCAACAGAUCUGACAGUCAACACAUUUGUAAUUUCUCCCAAAUUACAAAGAAAGUAUAAUAUUUUGAUCAUGUUUUUUUUUAAUGGAGAGUGCUACCCCAGCUCAGUCAUACUGGUUAGCUAGGUCAAUCUUUUUACGAGGUGGUUGGUAAUCAUUUUGAGGAAAUUGGUUUGUAAAUUAUUCAUAGUUCACACAAGUCGUUUACAAAAACAGUAUGAAUUUGCUUCAUUGGUAGAGUUGAAAUAUAUCCUUUUUUUAUACUGACUUACAGGAUUUAUAUUGAACCUAAACCAAAAAAAUAAUAAUUUAAUGUUUUUGUGUGCUUUGCGUGAGUGACUGUCAGUAAGGGUUUUAUAUGUGCGUGUGUAUUGUAGAGAGAAGGGUGGUGUGUGAGAGACGAGGUUGGUUGGUGUGUUUGAGAAUAAGUUAGUGUCCCGUCACAUUUGUUUGUUGGUGUGGAUGUGAUUGCCUGUGUGUCUGAAUAUGAAUGACUGUAAGAUUGUUUGGGUGGGUGUACAAUUGGCUGAAUGUGAAUGUCUGUAUGCAACUGUGUUUCUGUCUGCUUGUUUGUCAGUGAUUGUGAGAUUGACAUACAAGGUCUUUUAAUACCCUUAUUUCUGUUUUCCUGGCCUGUUUUCUGACAGAAUAACACUCGCCUAUAUAGUGUAAACCCCAAACUUGCCCAAGGCAGAGUUUGCUUCAGAUUCCCCUAACCUAAUGUUCUUUCCAAUCAAUUGGCACAAAGGGGGCUAGAAAAUGGGCAAUGUUAGGUGUUGAGACCGAGUAUUUGGUCUGUCAGUGGGUAAAUGUCUUUGUAUGUCAAUGUCUAGUCCUGUGUAUGCUCUUGACCAUUGAGUCAAGUUGUGACCGUGUGAAUGAGUACAAAUGGGGGAGGGAGGGUUCAAUUGUUUAAAUUCAAGAUGUUUGGAAAGGGUAAUCAUGUUCAUACUCUUUAAGAACACGAGUAAGAACUAGCCAAUAAGACCUAUGGCGGGGAAUGGUGGAAGGGGUUUGGGGUACAAUGCAAUAAAGGCAACAAAUGAUGGUAUUGCAGCAUUGGUUUUGGAGAAAAUAAACUAGUAAAGAAUUCUGAAACCACAAUAUCCCUGAUCCCCAAAUUGCAAUACAGCUAAUUGACAGUGACGCCUCAUGUAUCUCCAGUUGCACCAAUUCUGAAUUGGAUGUAUAGCUGUGUUGUGCUUUUCUAAUGCAGAGUCAUGUUACAUGCCGAGACUGCAUUCAAUAAACUGUGAGACUUGAUUUGUAUUCUCUUCCUGGAACCUGGAUAGGAACGACUGGUCCUGAAAUUCUAAUUUGCUUGCUGAAAUUCACACCCUUAAUUGACCCAUUUGUAACUGCAAAAUUACUUGUUUGGUAAAAAUGUUCACAACACCUUGAAUGACGAGUAAAACAUUUUCUGUAGACAUUUUCAGGGGGAGAAGCCAUUUUGGAAUUCAGUUGUCCUGUUUUUUUCUGCAGUUCUUGUAUGUGGGAAUGUACACCUUGGUGGCUAUAACUUUUUCUUUCUCAUUUGUUCUUUUCAAACCUGUUCAGUCCCAGGAGUGAGAAUUGCAGAAUCAGUUUUAACACUGACACUUUGACCAGGUAGUUUUCUGAUGUCUUACAAAUCAGACGAGUAGUCAGCCACGAUAUUGAAACAUGUACGGUUGUUCUCCUGAUGAUAAAGUCGAUGGGUAAAGUGGCAUCAUUGAUUCACUUACAAUGCACCCCCCCAGUCUCCCUAGAAUCAUAAGCAAUACAAGAAGCGUAUUUUAAAUGUUUAUACUUCUAUCACUCUGUCCUAAACUGUAGUUUAAUGACAUUGGAAUUAAUGCAGGGGGUUAUAAAACAUAAUAAAAAUGAAUUUGAAUUCAAA